GGAAGGCCAAGAUCAGUCCUUCUCCAUCUAUGAGGAGGAGCAAGACACAGUGUAAACAAACAUAGCUUGCAGUGGAAAUUUUUAUAUUAUGAAUCAGUGUUUUGUGUAGUUACAUAUAAUAAUGAAUUACAUCUCCUCUAUUUUUCUUGUAAGCAUAUAUUUACUUGUCGCUUCAGACCUUCAAAUAGCCUCCUGUGAGACCCAACAAACAACAUACUUAAGUCGAUAUAAUCGACAAACCGGAAAUGCUGGGAUCACAUGCGAACUACCAUUACACCCAGUUAGUGGUAAAUGGUCUAUUAUCAAUGGAGAUGGAAAACCAGGAGGUCAUGUAAGCAAGAACACUGUCUUGCGGUUUGAUUGUGACCCAGAGUACAAACUCUCAUCCCGUUCUUCUUUUCUAAUCUGCGACGAGAACUGGAAUUUGUCCAAGGUUCCAACUUGUGAAAGAAAAUGUCCAGCAAAGUACUCAACCUCGACCACCACCCUCAAAUGCGAAGACAAGUAUGGAAACGAAGUGACCUGCGACGAGGCAGUAGAUGGAACUUACCUAUCGUACACCUGUGCCCCCUUUUUCGAGACCCCCAUAGGCUACAAGAAGACCAUCCUCUGUAUAGACGGUACUUGGAAUUUUCCAAAUCCAAUCUGCCAACCAGUGUGCGGAAAAAUAAUUGAGAAAUCCACAAUACAGCUAGUAGUUGGAGGGACAAUAAAGGAACAAAGAGAAUAUCCUUGGGUUAUUGCUUUAUUCCAAAAAUUGGGAAAUGAGUUCAGCAAUAUAUGUGGUGCAACGUUAGUGAGCCAAAGGGUUGUUAUAACUGCUGCCCACUGCGUGACAAAUGAUUUUGGAGACAAACUACGUCCAGAAGAGUUCACGGUUGGCGCAGGAAAAUACUACAACAAAUUUCGUGAUCCUAGGGAUGUUCGAGUUCAAUACUCCGAGGUAGCACGAAUUGUGGUAAAAUCAGGAUAUAGAGGAGCACCUCAACGUUUCCUGGCAGACUUAGCCCUUCUUAUAACUAAAGAUUUGAUCACUAUAAAUGAAGUGGUCCAACCUGUCUGUUACCAAGAUUUACCCAACAUACAUCUCCAAGCAGGAAAAAUAGGAGCGAUAGCUGGAUGGGGAAAGACAGAAUCGGGUGAGCAACCAGACGAAUUAAGAACUCUUGAAAUUCCUUUCAAACAUCAAACGACCUGCGCCCAAGAGCUUCCUUCAGACUGGGCCCACAGGUUCAACACCAUCGAUAAGAUCUGUGCCGGAUUUUUUAACCAAAACAAAAGCGUUUGCACGGGGGACAGCGGUAGCGGACUGUACUUUAAAAACCCCGAAGACAACCGAUACUACAUCCACGGUGUAGUCAGCAUAGCUCCUGCAGAAAAGGGAGACUGCGACCCUCAGCAAAACUCUCUCUACACCAGUGUGGCUUACUAUUAUGAAUUUGUGGAUAGAGAAACCACCAAGCAGUACGUGCAGCAGUGUUCCCUACCCAUGUAUCCCAAUCACGGAAAGUGGGUGGUACCUAAGCAGGAUAGAAAACCCAGCGACAUUGUUCCAUCUAAUACUAUUUUGAAGGUGGAAUGUGAUGAGGGUUACGCAUUGUCUUCUAGUAAUGCUUUCAUAGACUGUCAGUCAGCACACGCCAUGCCACAAUGUGAAUUGUUGUGUCCAAAGCUGAAUUUACCGAAAGGCAGCAUCUACAAGUGCAACAACGAAAGAGGAGCGGAAAUAGAUUGCACCAAAGCUACGGACGGGAGCAGCAUCACCUACUCCUGUCCUGAAGGUUACAGAAGGGUACCUGGUGCCAGCAAAGUCGAAUUCUGUAAAAAAGGAUCUUGGAGAGGGCACAAACCCGAAUGUGUAGCAGACGAUGCUGAAAAACAAACCACUAACAUUGAACAAAAGAAGAUAGUGUGUACUUAUGCAAGUUGGUACGCAUUCGAUAAAGUACUUCCAGAAGAUUUGAACGCAACAUUAUGUACCCAUAUCGUAUAUUCUUUCGCUGGCUUUUUGGAGAAAGGAGACGUAAAGGCUCAAAAUGAAUUCUUUGAACUUGAUCGAGAUCAGACAGGUCUCUUCCGAAGAUUUACUGAUUUGAAGAAGAAAAACAAGGAUUUGAAGGUACUACUGAGCAUCGGCCGCACUGAUGGUACAGAUACCUCGCUUUUUUCUAAUAUGGCGAAUGAUGAGAGUACAAAAGCUACGUUUAUACAAAGUGCCUCCUCUUUUAUCGAAACUUAUAAUUUUGAUGGAAUGAAUAUAGAGUGGUUUUAUCCUAGGGACAAAGAUAAGGUGAGUUAUACAAAAUUGCUUCAGGAUCUUAGAAAGAAAUGCAAUGAAAAGGGAUGGCUUCUGACUGCUUCUGUUUACGCUAUUCUAGAUGAGACUGGAUACGAUGGUCCAGAAAUGAGUAAGGUUUUGGAUUUUAUAAUUAUAAGAACCUAUGAUUACUAUGGACCUUGGAGUCCCUACACAGGCCAAAACUCCGCUCUUUAUGCAUCACAGGUAGAAAGCAGUUGGGAAAAGAACAACCUAAAUAUAGAAGCAGGUGUGAUGAAUUGGUUAAAGCUUGGCGUAUCGAAAUCGAAGAUUGUUCUAACCAUCGCGUUUUACGGCAGGUCGUUCACUUUGAAAGACAAAAACCAAAAUGGGCUACACGCACCUUUCACAGGUGUUGGUUUAGGAGAUGGAUUCCUAAGAUAUUCAAAGAUGUGUACUAUCAAGAACUUCAACAACUGGACCUCAGUUUGGGACGAAGAGCAGAAGAGUAUAUACUCGUACAAUGAGGACCAAUGGAUUGGACAUGAGAGCAAGGACACUGUUAGGAUAAAGGCUGCUUAUGCCAAAGACAACGGACUGUUAGGAGUAAACGUUUGGCCUAUCGACGGAGAUGACAUCUACGGAAAAUGUGGGACAAAGCAUAUAUUACUGAAGCACGUUCACAUAGGCCUAGGAAAUUUAAGCUUUGACGACCAGUGAUAAUCAUUUUUGUUAAUAUUAAAUAGAAGCUUGCAUUCACAGUUAUUAUUCGAAUUAUUUAAAAUAAAUAUAUUUACAAUUUAGAAUAACGUUAUUAGUAAAAUUUUAAUUGAAGCAUUUGGGGAAAUUUCUGUGGUCUUAAUGUACAGUGCUAUUAAUAGCAAUUUGAGACACAUUUCCUAUCUGCUUAAUAGUCGGGGAGUCAGGGUAAUUAUGUUGGAUGUUCAUUUUAUACAGAAUUUUGUAAUCGGUAAGUAAUGGAAUACUUAAGAUAACCAUA